AUGUGGAAAGUGGAGCUCCAUGGGAAGCAGCUGGAGAUCGAGCACUCCGUGCCCAAAAAGCAAAGGAGCCGGAAGAUCCAGAUCCGGAACAUUCCGCCGCAGCUGCGCUGGGAGGUUUUGGACGGGCUGCUGGCCCAGUACGGCACCGUGGAGAGCUGUGAGCAGGUGAACACGGAGAGCGAGACCGCCGUGGUGAACGUCACCUACGCCAGCCGGGAGCAGACGCGGCAGGCCAUCCUGAAGCUGAACGGGCACCAGCUGGAGAGCCACGCGCUCAAGGUCUCCUACAUCCCGGACGAGCAGCCCGAGAACGGGCGGCGCGGCGGGGCCGGGGCGCGCGGCGGGGCCCGGCCGGGCUCCCCUCCAGAGGUUCUCCAGAAAGGUUCUCCAGGGGCUCUCCAGAGUUUCUCCAGGGCUUCUACAGAAUUCCCCCUGCCCUUGCUGGGACGUGACUUUCGGGGAGGCUCCGGGGCCUCUCCCAGCGCCCGUCCCGCGGUUUUCAGGAUCGACGUGCACCGCAAGGAGAACGCGGGCGCGGCCGAGAAGGCCAUCAGCAUCCACUCCACGCCCGAGGGCUGCUCGGCCGCCUGCCGGAUGAUCCUGGACAUCAUGCACAAGGAGGCCAAGGACACCAAGACGGCUGACGAGGUCCCCCUGAAGAUCCUGGCCCACAACAACUUCGUGGGGCGCCUGAUCGGCAAAGAGGGCCGGAACCUCAAGAAGGUGGAGCAGGACACGGAGACCAAAAUCACCAUUUCCUCGCUGCAGGAGCUGACCCUGUACAACCCCGAGCGCACCAUCACGGUCAAGGGCUGUCCCGAGAGCUGCUGCCGCGCCGAGCAGGAGAUCAUGAAGAAAGUGCGCGAGGCCUACGAGAACGACGUGGCCGCCAUGAGCCUGCAGUCCCACCUCAUUCCCGGGCUGAACCUGGCGGCCGUCGGGCUCUUCCCGGCCUCCUCCUCGGCGGUGCCGCCGCCCCCGAGCGGCGUCUCCGGGGCCGCUCCCUACAGCUCCUUCCUGCCCCCCGAGCAGGAGACGGUGCACGUGUUCAUCCCGGCGCAGGCGGUCGGGGCCAUCAUCGGCAAGAAGGGCCAGCACAUCAAGCAGCUCUCGCGCUUCGCCAGCGCCUCCAUCAAGAUCGCGCCCCCGGAGACGCCGGACUCCAAAGUGCGCAUGGUGGUGAUCACCGGCCCGCCCGAGGCGCAGUUCAAGGCGCAGGGCAGGAUUUACGGGAAGCUGAAGGAGGAGAACUUCUUCGGGCCCAAGGAGGAGGUGAAGCUGGAGACGCACAUCCGCGUGCCGGCCUCGGCCGCCGGCCGCGUCAUCGGCAAGGGCGGCAAGACCGUGAACGAGCUGCAGAACCUGACGGCGGCCGAGGUGGUGGUGCCGCGGGAGCAGACCCCGGACGAGAACGAGCAGGUCAUCGUCAAGAUCAUCGGGCACUUCUACGCCAGCCAGAUGGCCCAGCGCAAGAUCCGCGACAUCCUGGCGCAGGUGAAGCAGCAGCACCAGAAGGGCCAGGGCGGCCAGAGCCAGUCCCGCAGGAAAUAG